AUGGCCCAAGGAGUAAUGAGCUUCAGCAGGGAGUCGUCCCGCUCGGACAGCAUCGACGAGUCCGACGAACCGAAGACCCCUAGGAGAAAAAGGUCUUCAUUCGCCACAAGGUUCCUUGCAGACCUUGGACCUUUUCACGACAUCGGCUUUUUUGUAGGGUCUAACGAAGAUGAUCAAAGGUUGAUAACCUGCCACAAGCUUGCAUUGGCUAGAGUGAGCGAUGUCUUUGCGCACCUUUUUUAUCGGCCGGACACUGAUGUGGACGAAGACGAACCCAUUUUCGUGCCUGACAUGUCCCCGUUGGCCUUUGAGGCGAUGUGCGGGUUCGCGUAUACCGGCGAAAUGUACGUCGAGAGCUUUGACGAGUGCUGCGGCUUGCUGUACGCUGCUAAAAAAUACAACUUGUCUGAAGGUCUGCGGAACCAAUGCAGGGCAUAUCUGUGGGCAAACAUCUACCCUAACAAUGUCUGGCGCUGCUUGGAAUUCGCGAUGAACAAUGAAGAGCCUGCACUGUACCAGACCGCACUUCAGAUUCUCCAGCUGAAAACUUCCAAGCUUCUGACCAGAGAGAAGUUCAGGAAAGUGUCCGAGAGCUGUUUAAUAACCCUUUUGCAGCAAGAAAGACUCGCCAUUAGGUCAGAAUACGAGCUUUAUGACGCCUGUCUACGUUGGGCAGAGCGGCAAAUCGACAAACGUAAUCUGACCAACUCAAGAGAGACUGUCCGCAAACUACUCGAGCCUGCCUUCUUGCAUUUGCGACUUUUGGCUAUGAGCGACGAGGAAAUCAGCCAAGGUCCUCUUGCUGACGACAUUUUGACGGAUGAGGAGGCAGUCGCGUUGUUAAAUAGAGAAGAAUUAGGCGGCAUUUUCUGUCCCGUUCAGGACGAGCGCAUGCAGCCGAAAGUAAACAGUUUCGAGACGUUUGCUUUCAACGACGAGCUUUUCCUCAUACACCUUGAGAAUGAGUACUUUGAAAACACCUAUGACGUUUUCGCGAUGGCGUUCUCGUCAAGUGGAGACUUCCAUUCUACACAGCUAGGGAUCAUCGUUCCCACUCAAAUUCGUCCAAAAGACUGCACAGAAGACUCCUACGACGAAGACCUUACUGUAUUUCUCUACAAUUGCACCAAAGGAGAGAUGAUGUCAAUAACCCGGUUCAGAGGGUCCGUACCUUACGACUCGCAGAUCGAAGUACCCUUCCGCCAGCAAGUGGAACUUAAGUGCAAAAGAGUUCGUAAGGUAAUAAAGGUCGUGUUCCAUAGAACAGGAACCUACCCUGCAAAUUAUCAGUUGGAAGAGGGAAAGGAUAGCGAAUUUAAAGUUGGAAAUUUCAAUGGACAGGAAAAUGUCAAAUUGUGGCACAAACGAUCUUAUGGCUAUAUUCAUUUUUGUGCUUAUACAGUUGAGGUAGCCAGUAUUGAUAGAGGAGAUUAAAUCUCUCGUUUAAAAAUUAAAUCAUUUACCGACCAAAAAUUAAAAAAAUAACAAAAAACAUAAGAUUGGCUGAGCAGUCAGUAGGCAGCCUUGUAAUAUUUUAAAUAUAAUUUGAUGCAAAAAUCAUUUUUCGAAAUUUUUAAUGUUAAUUGAGGAUUAUUUGGGAUAUUGUGCCGGGCUAUUAAGUAAAUUUUAUUACAGAAUUAGCUUAAAUAUAGGUGUGAAAUUCGAACUAUCUUUCUGAGGCCGGAUGGUGUAUUUUGAUAGAGAAAUGUAUAAAAUAAAUACUUUAAAUUUAUGUUUAAUUCCCAUUCCGCUUCAUGUUCUUGACUUUUUAAAAUUCUUAUAAUUUGUAGAGUGAUAAUAUAUGUAAUAAAAUUAUUUGAUGCACAAUGUUGUUAAAGUUAAGAUUAUAUAUAUAUGAUGCUAAUGCUUACUUUGAA